AUGCGAAACAGCGUCGCUUCCUCAGCAAGCAUGAGCAGCCUUUCGGCGACCUUUGGACGGUCACUCCGCGGAGCGAAUCUGUGGCGGGGAGACGCGGGCGCCUCACAUGGGUGUCUCCAAACCUCACGACGAGACCCACUCGUGUCUGGGCGAUAUUCGACUGCCGAGCACGCGGGACGCCUUUCGACUGCGAGAACCCGGCAGUCGAUCCCGCAGCGUCUGUCAACGGAGAAUGCCGCAGAAGGAGGAGCUGCAUGUACCCACACCACCAUCUCGCCAACUCUUAAAGGGAGCUGCCGAAGCGCUCGCGGGAGCAGCGGGCGCCACGCCGUUUUUCAGACACCGAACGGCGCGGCCUGCAAGCUUCUUCCUGGGCCUCUAAGGUGCUCCCAAGCCGCUUCGACGUCGCGCUUCGCCCUGGCCCCCGUAUCCUGUCCGCUUGCGACUGCCGCAUCGCCUCGCUUCAUCCUCACAGGCAGUUCGGCGGCCCACGGGCCGCCGUCUGGUUUGCUAGCGUUUAAGCGCAGUGUGUGCGCUGCCCCCAAUGGCUUCGUAGUUUCCGCGUCUGUGUCGUGUGCUUCAUCGCGACAUCUCUCGCCGGCGUCGCCACCUGGGGCUCGCCUCUUGUCCUCACUCCCGUCCAUCGAGGCUCACGAUGCAUCCAAUGUGCGUAGCCCAUCUACAGGUGCUCACGAGUACAAGGCGCAGCUGGGCGCGCAGCUGCUGGAGAUCGACCAGCGAAUGCUCCCCGAUGAGCAACAGUUCCUGCAAAAGCAGUACCUCUUGGACACGCUUGGCCCACUGCUCCGUCAGCACAUUGGCGGCCAGCUUGUCCCGUUCGGCUCCUGCGCAAAUGGUUUCUGGGUCCGCGGAAGCGACGUCGACUCCUGUCUCGUCCUCAGCGGCUGCGAAGGCCGUCUCGCCCAACGGGCGAAACUUCGCGUGGUCAAAGAGCUCGUUGAGCGCCACCGUAUUGGCGAGGCAACUGUCGUCCCAGCUCAAGUUCCGAUAGCAAAAGUGUGCAACGCCCACGGAAAAGGCCUCAUUGACGUUAGCGUGAACAACUGCACGGCGCUCGAGAAUUCUAUUUUCGUCGAGACGUUCGGCGCCAUCGAUGACCGCGUCCGCCCUUUAGGACGCUUUAUCAAACACUGGGCGACACAGCGGAAUAUCAACAACAGAGCCGAAGGCACACUUAGCACAUAUACACUCAUGCUUCAACUUUUCUUCUUCCUCCAACAACGAAGCCCUCCCAUCCUGCCGCCCUACACGGCGCUUUUGCUUGACACCGACCACACGAAGGCGUCAAGCCCUGCUGCUCCUUCUCCAUGUUCUCUUUCGUUGUCUUCCUCAUCGCCUACCUCGGAUGGAUCCAGUCCAACGGGGUUGACUCCCAUGUUCAGCGACGGCGAGGUUGGUGGUUGUACGCCAAGAGAUGCGGAUACAAGCAGAGACGUGGCUGCAGAUAGAGAGCCCGAAAUAGCACCAAGAACACCGGCAGAGGGCCUGAAGCCUCUUCCUUUCUGCACGGAUAUAGACUACAUCCGAAAGAACCUUUUCCCGGAGUACGGCCAUAACAAAGAAACUGUCGGGGAAUUAAUUCACGAUUUCUUCCUGUUCUACGGCAAACGCUCCAGCAAGAUCUUCAGCCCUUGUGACGGUGCCAUCGUCACUGUCGAGGUUUACGACGGGUCGAUCUCCGUAUGUCCUCCCCUUCCUGCUUUUUCCUCUUCGUCACUAGUCUCGCCCUUUUCGCCUUCGUCAUCGAGUCUUGAGGCGCUUUCCGCCUCUUACCUCGCAUCUGCAGCUCCCUCACACGAGAUAGCGGAGGUAAUUCAGCCGCGAGCAUUGCCAAAUCCUCCGACGACUGGCGGGUACCGUAGCGUGGCUGCCAUCUUUGUUUCCAGCGCACGCGAAUCAGAAGCAGUCAAAAACAGGAGGCAGCGAGACCGGCGUUAUGCCUGCGAAGAGCGCGGAGACAUCGGGUCAUCCCUGAGCAUGACUCGUCGCGUCCUUAUGCGGUGUCCUCUGACGCGGGCAGUGGUGAAUCGGUUCUCCGCCGCAGCGUGGAAAAUCAUCUGCGAUGAAUUUCAGCGGGCUGAGGCGUUGGUGGAGACCGGCGCCACGCUCACGGAAAUAUGUGCGCCAGCUCCGAUGAAGCACGACCACAGGAAAAAGCUUGAUCGCCUUCGUCGUCGCCUUAGCCUUCGGGCUCUCGCCGCCUCGCGAAACCUUUUGUCAGGUCCUGAUUCAAUUGGUGGUUCUUUUUACGGUUUCGCUUCUGGUCGAACAAAUGAUGUGGGAAAUGGUCAACCGCGAUCAUUCACUGCCGCUUUUCGGGGGAGUCAUAGCGAGUCUCUUGGCCUCGUUGAAAGCCUCGACAAACCGACAUCUCAGGUUUCGCCUAUGCUCCAUUCAGUCGCUUCUUCGUCUGUAUCCGCGCCUUCCUCGGUCCAUCUAACACCAGUGACAGCUCCUUAUUUCAGUUCCUCAUCUUCCGUGCUCUUCCCUGAUGAAGCAAAUUGCCAUUUAUGCCGCGUUGCGCAGCCAAGCCCUUCGGUCCAACAAUCGUCCUCCUCGGUGCCUGUGUCACCGUCCCCUUCAUCGGUAUCCCCUCAGGUUCACUAUUCAUAUUCGUUCAGCCGUUCACCGUCAGCGCAGAGCAGAUCGGCCCGGCGGCGCGCGUCUGAUGACAACAGGAGAGCACUUUCAUCUCCUUUCCUCCACUCUUUUGUGACUGCCUCACAUUCACCUCUCCGCUUCGUCUCUCGUCCACCUUUGUCGUGCUUUCCUCCUCCGUCCUCUGCUCCUCAUGCGUGUCAUUCUCCUUCUACAAGUGGAUGUGGCAACCCUCGCAGUUCCCAAGGGCCAAUGCCGAGACAGGCGAGAGAGAAUUAA